AUGGACCAGCUUUUCACUAUUAUCAAGCCUAUCGUCGAUGAGUGUGGUUCCGUGAUGCAGGAAGAACUCAUAAGAAUACACGACAAGUAUCAUGACAGCCUUCGACCAGGUCGAUCUGGCUCCUCAUCUAAGGAUGCCCUUAGGAAGCUACAGUUUGGUGCCAUGGAGAGCAGCAAACUCCAAGAAACCAUGGGGAGAUUGAGAGCUCGCACGCAGCAACUCUCUACUCUGAUUACAAUGGCAGGCGAACGCGCUACUCGCGCUGACGCGACAACUAUCAGAUCAAAGCUGGAUGACUUCGAAGAAUUUCUGGUCCGCAUUGCCGAAAAGGGGGACGAUUGUGAACAACGUGUCCAGAGGCAAGUUCCACAGCUUCAAGGUAUCGCUCAAACGGCACAGGACAUAUGUGGACAGACUGCUGGUAUCCUUACAGAGAUCUGCGAAAUCAAACAUAGUCUCGACCGAAUCACUGCUGAUCAGCACUACCAUGCGUCCAAUGCCAACUUUUUCAAUGGCCCAGAUCCAACUCUUGGUAAACCGGUGUUAUUCGAGGAUUCGCUAGGGACUGUGCUUGAACUCCCGACGGAAUGGAUUCAUUCUUGGCAGUUCUUCCAGCAGCUACUCCAGCAUCAUUUCGAAAAGCUUAAGGGGCACAGAAUGGUAAUCCAAGGAAAGUAUGCUCUUGAGGAGAACAUUACAGGUACAGACUUGAACCAGUCACUCCCGCCUAAGGCAUCUUUCCGAAGGGGUAUGAAGAUCAACAUGAGUAUGAUAUUCACUGGAGACCAGAUGAUGCAAGGAGUGUGUCCACGCUGUGGAAUCAACAAUAAUGCCCCGGAGAACACGAACGUAAAAUGCCAGACCGAUGGCUGUGGUGUGUGGCUCCAUGGAAUCACGUCGAUAUUUACGAUCCCUAGCGCAAUCCCGGCCGUUCAUCUUGGCUACUUUUAA